AUGAAGAAGAACAUGGCUGCUACCAGGGAAUACGAUAUUGUGCUUCUGGGCCCUACCGGGUACACCGGUAAGCUCUGUGCGGAGCAUAUCGUUCAGAGCCUCCCUACCAACCUCAAAUGGGCUUUGGCUGGCCGGAACUUGUCCAAGGUCGAGGGUGUCGCAAAGGAGCUGAAGGAGUUGAACCCUGACCGCGUGGAUCCUGCGAUCAUUGCCGUCCAGCUCAACCGCGAGGAACUGCAGCCUCUUGCGCAGAAGACCAGACUCGUUAUCAACUGUGUGGGACCUUACCACCUCUAUUCGACCCCAGUAGUUGAGGCUUGUGCGUCCAAUGGGACUCACUACGUUGAUGCUACGGGAGAAACCCCAUGGGUGAAGUCUAUUAUCGAAAAGUAUCAUGAAACGGCCAAAUCGAAUGGCGCUAUUGUCAUCCCGUCUGUUGGAAUCGAAAGUGCACCUGCAGAUAUCUUGACCUGGUCUGCUGUUAAGACUGUCCGUGAGAAGCUCUCUUGCCAGCCCAGAGAAGUGGUCAGCGCUAUUGAAGAGAUGAAAACAUCCGGAGCUAGCGGUGGCACUCUCAACACUAUUUUAACCAUUGUUGAAUCUCUUCCCGCCUCCGAUCUGAUGAAAAUCGCAGACCCCUACACUCUUGCCGCUUCUAAACCACCACGCAAAAUCCCCAGCGAACCGCUUCUUUCCAGAAUGCUGGGCAUACGCUCCGUGCGCGAUCUUGGCACGCUCACCACCUGCCCCUCCGGAACAGCAGACGUGAGCAUCAUCCACCGCAGCAGCACCCUCAUACCCGAAUUUUACGGACCAAGCUUCUUUUCCCGCCAAUUCCUGCGCGUGCGAAACGCAUUCGUCGCCGCUGCCGUUCACCUAGCCUUCGUGGCCGGAAUUGCCCUUAUCCUCCUCUCUCCGGUCCGGAAACUGCUGAAACGCUACAUCUACGCCCCCGGAAACGGCCCCACCAAGGAGGACUCUGUCAACGAUCGCGUUGAGUACCGCGCCAUCGCAACGGCAGACCAAGACGUCCCGUCUCCGCAGCGGGUGUUUGGCAAGUUGACCUACGAUGGAUCGAUGUAUUUCUUCACCGGACUUCUCAUGGCUGAGGCGGCGAUGACAAUUUUGGACAAUGAGGAGAAGGUGAAGAAGGUCUCUCGUGGUGGUAUUGUGACACCGGCUACUCUGGGACAGGAGUUUGUGGAUCGGCUGGAGAAGGUGGGAUGUCGGAUUGAGACGCAGGUUUUUGACAACUGA